CCUUCCGCCACACCGCGUGAAACACUACUGGCUUCCAUGUCCAUUUCCUGGAUCUGACUGUGCUUCGCUGUCUUUCUCAAAUUCCUCCUUUCCUGUCCUCUCUCUCUCUCUCUCUCUCUCUCUCUCUCUCUCUCUCUCUCUCUCUCUCUCUCUCUUCCCGUAGUUGAAGUAGAAGAAGACUAACAAUCAUAAUAACAAUCUUUUUGCGGGAGUUCAAUUGGUGCAUCUUCUUUAAACAUGAAGAUUUCGAUCUCACUUCUUCUUCUGCUCUUCUGCAUCUCUACUUGUUUCUCUUCUCCGGUCUCCGUUUCAGAUGGUGUAUUCUCCUCUGAUUUAGCUUUAAUUGGAAGAAACCUUCUCCAGGCCAAGAAACCUUGUCCUGUAAACUUUGAGUUCAUGAACUACACAAUCAUCACCAGUCGUUGCAAAGGCCCACGCUACCCUGCUGAUCUCUGUUGUCAAGCAUUCAAAGACUUCGCAUGUCCUUAUGCAGAAGACUUAAACGACUUAGAAAACGAGUGUUCUUCAACAAUGUUCAGCUACAUCAAUCUGUAUGGCAGCUAUCCACCUGGCCUUUUUGCUAGCUUGUGUCGCGAUGACAAAGUAGGCCUCAUCUGCCCUGCUUCAGCACCAGGAACAGCAAGGAAUGGUGUAGGAGCUGAUACCAACAACAGCCACAUCAUCCGCAACCCAUCGUUACUUCUCUCACUAACUGCAACUUUUCUUAUCUUAUUCUUCCGGUGGUUUUGAAGGCUCAAGAAUCAAAAUUGCCUCUUCAUGUUGCCAAAUUCCUGUAAGUUUGUUUUGAGUUAUUUUUUUUAAUGUUGUAUCAUCGAUAUUAGAUAUCCCACGAAGGAGAUUUUUUUUUUUUUUUUUUUAAUGUUGUAUAAUUAUUUAAUAUCUUCCCAUACUCACUAAGAAAAUUUGGUAUUUUUUUUUUUUACAACGAAUGCAUCUAUUAUUACAAUUGGUCUGUAAUCAAUCAUGUUAUAUAUGUGUGGUCCUACUUUGCUAUAAUAUAAAACGAUCUUUCAUC